AAUCGUAAGUUUUCGAAUCGGAGAAGCUAUCACAUUUAUUAGUAUCAGCUGCAUUAUUGGUAAUUAAAUCGAACUAGCAUCGAACCAAUGAACAAACACAAAUGCAAGCUUUGUUCCAAGAGUUUUUGUAAUGGCAGAGCACUUGGUGGUCACAUGAAGUCUCACUUGGUCUCUUCUCAGUCGUCGACUCGGAAGAAACUCGGUGACUCGGUCUAUUCUUCUUCUUCUUCCUCCGAUGGUAAAGCUCUCGUCUACGGGUUGCGAGAGAACCCAAGGAAGAGUUUCCGGGUCUUUAAUCCGGAUCCUGAGUCCUCCACCGUUUACAACAGUGAAACAGAGACCGAACCUGAGUCCGGAGACCCAGUUAAGAAACGGGUCAGAGCAAAUGUUUCAAAGAAGAAGAAGAAGACAAAGAGCAAGAGUAAGAAGCAGAAGACGAGUCACGAGUCACCAGAACCGGCGAGUUCUGUCUCUGAUGGUUCUCCUGAACAAGAUUUAGCUAUGUGUUUGAUGAUGCUCUCGAGAGAUUCAAGGGAGCUUGAGAUUAAACUGAAAAAACCAGAGGAGGAAGAUACAAAGCCGGAAAAAAGACAUUUCCCGGAGCUCCGCCGUUGUAUGAUAGAUCUGAAUCUUCCUCCGCCGCAAGACGCCGAAGCUGUCAGCGUCGUUUCAGCCAUAUAAAGGAUGAUUAUAGAUUGUUGGAUCUUUCUUUGUUAUGUCGUUUUGAUGAUAUUUGGAAUUCUUGAGAUGAUUCUUUUGCAUGAUCUUUGGAUCUUGGAUCUUUUAUUUUAUUAAUGUGUUUUUAAUGGAACUAUUUAAUUUCAACUACAUUUUUUUAUGACACAACUCACACAAGUGUGUGCUAUUUUUAAUAAUGUAAAUAUUAUUCU